AUGCGCACUGCGUAUGCACGGCGAUGCGCGCGUGUCCCUGUCGCGACCUGCUCUCGCCGUUCCCAUUCUGUUGUUUCUGUGUUCUUUUUGUUGUGGUGUCUUGCGGCACAAAUAAGGAAGCCUGCGUUGAAACAUCAACAAGCGAAAAAAAGAAAACAACAACAAGAACAACAAGCAACAAGAAUAAAAGGAGAUAUGUCGAGGUCGAAAGAGACGGCGCGGAGCAAGCGUACCAUCACUUCUAAGAAGAGCAAGAAGGCCCCCAAGGCCCCUGGUGCGGCCACCG